AUGGCGCUGCAGGCGAUGCGUGGGGUUAUGAAUGGGCCACACCCAAACUACCCAUGCCCACUGGUGGUGGGAGCUCAGGAACAGAUGCUGGCAGUUAGUCAGAACUACCUCUCCCAGCCUCGUCUUACAUACGUCACAGUAUCAGGAGUCCAUGGUCCACUAGUGAUCUUAGAUCAUGUUAAGUUUCCCAUAUAUGCUGAGUUUGUCCACUGGACCUUACUAGAUGGCACAAAGAGACAUGGGCAAGUUCUAGAAGUGGGUGGUUCCAAGGCAGUGGUUCAGGUAUUUCAAGGGACUAGGGAUAUUCUCCAGGCACCAGUGUCUGAUGAUAUGCUUGGUUGGGUAUUUAAUGGCCCGGAAAAACCCAUUGACAGAGGUCCUCUUGUACUGGUUGAAGAUUUCUUUGAUAUCAUGGGAUGGCCAAUCAAUCCUCAAUGUCAAAUCUACCCAGAGGAGAUGAUUCAGACCAGCAUUUCGCCCACAGUUGGUGUGAGCAGUAUUGCCAGGGGCAGAACAUUUUUUUCCUCUCUGCUGCUGGGUUACCACACAAAGAUUACAGCUCAAAUCUGUCGCCAGACUGGUUUGCUAAAUAAAUCCAAAGAUGUAGACUACAGUAAGGAAAAAUUUGCAAUUGUAUUUGCUUCUAGGGAUGUAAACAUGGAAACAGCCUGUUUCUUCCAAUCUGGCAUUGAAGAAAAUGGCUCAAUGGACAACGUCUGCCUGUUUUUGAACUUGGCUAAUGACUCAACUAUUGGGUGGAUUAUCAUCCCUCACCCGGCUCUGACCACAGCUGAAUUUCUGGCAUACCAAUGUGAGAAGCAUUUACUGGUUACCCUAACAGAUAUGAGCUCUUCUACUGAAGCACUUCAAGAGGUUUCCACAGCCAGAGAAGACGUUUCUGGUGGAUGAGGCUUCCCCGGUUACACUUAUACAGAUUUAGCCACUAUAUAUGAACAUGCUGGUCGAGGGAAAGGUAGAAAUGGUUCAAUGACUCAACUUCCUACUCUUACCAUGCCUACCAAUGAUAUCAUUCACCCUUCUCUGCCCUGAGUGGGACAGGUCUGUGUGGACAGACAGCUGCACAACAGAGAGAUUCACCCACCUAUCAAUGUGCUGCCUGAACUAUCACUGUUCAUGAAGUCCGCUAUUGGAGAAGGGAUGACCAGGAGGGAUCGUGCUGAUGUAUGUGACCAGCGUGUGCAAGCUAUUGGGAAGGAUGUACAAGCCAUGAAAGCUGUAGCUGGAGAAGAAGCCCUCAGCUCAGAUGAUCUUCUUGACUUGGAAUUUCUGCAGAAAUUUGAGAGGAACUUUAUUUCUCAGGGUCCUCAUGAAAAUCACACUGUCUAUGAGACUUUGGAUACUGGCUGGCAGCUGCUCUGAAUCUUCCCCAAAGAUAUGCUGAAGAAAACCCCUCAGAGCACCUCUGCGCGCGCAUCUUCUCCCCCUUCUUUUGUGGUCCGGGCCAUUGCGAGGGUGACAGGAAACCCUGUGCAGGGAGCGCCGCCAUCUUGGGCCAGCCCGAGGAAGAUCCUGAGGGAGCCACAGGAACAGUCGCCGCUGCCACCGCUACUGCCGCCGGCGCGUCUGCAUCUCUCGGCCAGCCCGCCUGCCCAGCCACCAGCAACCCCCCAGGUAACCCGGGCCUUCCGCAGUGUCCGGCCGGCCGUUGCCUCCUCUAGCCAGGCUCUUCAGAGGGGCGGGUGUGGGGACGGCGGAGACUGGGCCGCAGGCGAGCGGCGCCCCAGGGCCAGGCCCCGUCAGGCAGCCGCGAGCCCGGGGGUCGCCGGUAAGCGCCGCGGCGCCGGCCUGACAAGACUCCCGGGCCGGAGCGGUGGUGUCCCCCGCGCGGCUCCGGCCCGAGCCUCCUGCCCUCCCCACCCCGCGGAGCGCUCCGAGGCGUGCAGGGAAGGGUGUGUUCCGGCCUCGCCUUCCCCGCCUUCUCGGCGCGGCUGGGCAGGACUGCAUCUCCCGCAGGCCCCCCCUCUCCUCGCCGCGGUUCCCCGCGGCCGCAGCCCGCCCCCGCAGGGUGUACCCACGCGUGCCGCGCCGCCCUGCAGCCCGCGAGCCCCAGAUGUGGCGGUCCCGUCCCGUAGGCCGCGUCUGGCUCUGAGUACAAAGGCAGCUCUUCGCAGCCACCCGGCGUCUCGGGGCAGCUCCGGUGUCCUUGUGGAAGUGGGGAGCCCGGCCCUGCGCUCGGCCUGGAGACGGGGUCUGUGCGCCGGUGCUUGCGAGGUCCUGGUGCUGGUGCGUCCCUGUGAGGCCCGUGGACAGCCUGUGCGGCCCUGA